AUGGCGGCCGUGCGUUCGACAGCCCUGAAAUGGGCCGCCGUCCCCUGCGGAACGUUCCGGUGCAACGUGACGGGGAAAUGCCUCCCCCGCGGCUGGGUCUGCGACGGCGAGGCAGACUGCGGCGCGGGGGACACGUCCGACGAGGAUAAUGACACGUGUAAAAAGGGUAAUACAUGCCCAUUAAAUUAUUUUAAAUGCAAAGAUGAAAUAAAUUGCGUGCUCACCAAGAGAGUGUGUGACGGGGCAAUAGACUGUCACGACAGGAGCGACGAGGGAGAUUUUUGUAAUGAUACUGGUCAAUGUCAGUCAAUAGAGUGCAAAUAUGGGUGCAAGCCAACAAGCAGAGGACCCCAGUGUUUCUGUCCGUUGGGCCAGCAGCCGAAUGGAUCAAUGUGCGUAGACUCCAAUGAGUGUGAGGUUGAGGGUUCAUGUGACCAACUCUGCAAUAAUUUGGAGGAUGGAUUUGCCUGUUCUUGUACUAAGGGCUAUAGAUUAGAGGAUAUAUCACAUUGCAGAGCUAUAAACAAACCUCCUGAGCAGCCAGCCACCCUUCUCUAUGCCAGCAACUCGGGUCUGGCAAGACUGUACCUGAAUGGCUCUGCUGUGACAGGAAACACUCGCAUUAGUUCGCAAUAUGCUGUUACUCUUAACUUUGAUCAUCGUAAUAAUUCAGUUUGUUGGGUGAGUUCCAACACAUCAUAUUCAAUAUUUAAGUGUGCAUCUGCUGACAACUUCAACCAUGCAUGGAUAAUACCUCAGCCCACUCAGCAUGGCCUUAAUCAUGUCCAUGACAUUGCAAGAGACUGGAUUACGGGGAACUGGUAUAUCCUUGAUAGAAGAGAAAUGAUCUUCAUGUGUAAUGAAUCCAUGAAUGUUUGUAUAACACUCAUAGAUGUUGUUAUGAAUGAACCAAGAGGUAUUGCUCUUGAUCCGAGUUCAGGGUUAAUGUUCUUUUCUAACUGGGGCACAACAGAACCAAAAUUAGAGAGAGCAUUGAUGGAUGGGACAGAGAGGCAGCCCAUUGUGAUAAACAAAAUUGUAUAUCCCUUUGGGGUAACUGUUGAUUACCCAAACCAACAUGUGUACUGGGUUGAUGGCUACUUGAGUCAUGUUGAAAGAGUAGACUACAAUGGGGAGAACAGAAGAAUAAUAAUCAAGUUGAAAACAGAUGAAAGACCAUUUGGCAUCUCGGUCUUUGAGAAUUCUCUCUUUGUAACAAGCUGGAAGGACAAUAGCAUCAAGGUCGUCAAUAGGUUCAACAACCACGACGUUACUUCCUUUCACACUGAUGUACCCGAGCCAAUGCACAUUCACGUCUUUCAUCGCCAAAGACAGCCAGAAGUGCAUCAUCCCUGUGGUAUCUCCAAUGGUGGCUGCCAGCACAUAUGUAUCCCUCUGUGGAGGAAAGGUCAGGCUGUUGCAUCUUGCCACUGUCAGCCAGGAUACAUUCUUGGCCCUGGGGGCUCCUGUGUAGCACGUCAGCAUGAAGCCUUCCUGAUCUAUGCAAAGGGUCGGCCGGGAAUGAUCAAGGGCGUUGCACUGGAUGAAGUAGGGUCGUCUGAGGUGAUGGUGCCCAUCACAUCCCUGACAAGACCAACAACACUGGACUAUGAUGUCCGGACACAGUUUAUUUACUAUGCUGAUAUCCAAAGGUACACUGAAACCAGUCAACUUUUAGCUAAAGAUAAUUGUUCUACAAAGGAAUAAAUUUUGUUUAAGGCAGCUAUCCAAAGUUACUUUUAAGCUAAUCAUCAUUAGCUAAAGAUGAUUAUGCUA